GAAAUGGUGCUGUUCAUCAAAAAAUGGCAGAAAUACUCAAACACCACUGAGGUCAUGAUCUGGAGACAUGGCCAGAAACCUUCCUAAUGGGUGUGUUUUUCUAGAAACCAGAAUAUCACACGGGCCUUCUGUAUGGUGAAUUAACUUUUGGGGGCCGGGAAGGUGUUUUCCUAUUGGCCUUAUUGGAUGAACUGGAAGAGUAUAUAAGGUACAAUGAAGUGUGUCUAGGGGACAUUAUCCAGCACAUCAUACUGAGGAUCAUCCUACUACUGUAGCCAUAAUAUCCAAGUCAUUUUCCUAAAGAAUUACAAUCCUUCACUAUUAUCAAGAAAACAUUCAGCUGUCUUGAUACAGAUACUUCACAUAAAAAUACAUCCAGCAAGAAGGAUCUUUCUGUGACCUCAUACAUCAAAGAGCAGAAACAUGGCAGAUUCUAGCGAGCUGAGGAUUGUCAUUUUUGGGAAAGCUAAGUCUAACAAUAGAACUGUGAAAGACCUUCUUGAAGAAAACCUUGAACAAGGAAAGAUUAAUAGGAGAAAAGUGAAAAUGAUUGAGGCACCAGGCAUCUUUGAUCCUGACAAUAAUGCUGAAGAUCUAAAGAAAGCCUUAAUUUCCUGUAUUUUUGAUUGUGCUCCUGGUGUGCAUGCCUUCAUCUUAGUGAUGAAAGUAGGCAAGUAUACUGAUGAGGAGAAAGCGCUUGUGAGUAUGAUAAAUAUGUGCUUUGGUGAGGAAACCCUGAAGUACACAGCUCUCCUGUACAACCACGGCCAGUGUCUUGACGAAGGCCAAUCCAUUGAAGAUUUCGCAAAAACCAACGAUGACCUUAAGAAAUGCGUUGAAGAUUGUGGAGGCGGAGUCCAUGUCAUUGACAGCAAGAGCUGGAAUGAAAAUGGGAGGAACAGCACAAACUUGAAAAAUCUAAUAAAAAGCAUCGGUGAUAUCAUAAACAGCCAUGACGGGGGUUACUACACAACUUCGAUCCAGGAAGGAAUUGAAGAUAUACUACAGGGUAUCAUAAAGAAAAUGGACCCAGGGGAGACAGAGCCAAAGGCAAAAGCCAUUAAGAAAAUGAUUAAAAAAGUGACCCCUGUCCUAAUACGCGUACCAGCCUUAGUGCUGCUUUCAACACUGGUGGGCUUCAAAAAUGGCUUUAAGAAUGCUUCUUUGUCUGAUGUUAAGCAGAUCAUCUUGAAUACCAUUUUGGGGGCAGUAAAAGGUGGAAUGGCUACCAUAAACGCAGUCAAAGGUUCAUCUGAUUUAUAUGAGGUAUCAGAUGAACUGAAAAAAAAAAUUAAGGAGACAAAGGGAGAGUGUUUAAUACUAUAAUGCAGGGGACUCAUUCAUCUCUGAGAUACACAGAACCCCAAUGCACCUGAGCAUCAUUACUGCAGUCCUACUAUUAUUAACUCUGCUACCCUUUUUGCCACUAUUACCACCUUAAGUAGCCUAAAUUGUGCUCAAUCACAGUCAAGAAUUUGCUUUGUUUUUUGAUUAAUGAACCAGCAGCAGUAGGUGCCGCCUUAAAUGCCCCAAAAGCAUUUCUGCCGCCCUUUUCUUUUUUUAAUCUGAUCGCUUCUAUUGUUACCCAAGCACCAGGGAGCAUUUUUAAUGUGUCUAUGAUUUUACAAAUGCGCUUAUGUUUGACCAAAGCUAACCUAGUUCACACUAGUGACUCACUGUAUUCACUGAUUUUACAUUUUACAUUAAGUAGUUGCUUUUUAAUUAUCGCUUUUUUUCGUAACUUAAUUUUCAGAAUGCCAAGUGGAAUAUAUUAAUUACACUUAAGUAGAAAUAAUUGUAUUCAUGCAGUUGUAAAUUGUUAUGUUUGGAGUAAAUUCAUUAGAUGUCAUACAUUGCAAUAAUCCUGAAGCUUGCUGAUUAACUGAAAGGUGUGUAUUACCAUAAAGAGAAACUGUGUUCGGGGUUAUUCCAGAGAAAUCAUUUGGGAAAUAUUUAGCAUCAUAAAUAAAGUCAUACAGCUAUA